UCGCUCACAGCUCGCGAGCGGUGUAAAGGGACGGACAUUAGUGCGGCUGUGGGCAAUGGGUAGGAACGGGGGCACAACACCACGAUGUCGUUGUUUCGUGAGCGAUUCCAACACGAGUGCGCGCGCACACAACAUCCAAAACUACAGUCUUAAGCAUCCCGGCGCUGUGAUCGGUCGGGUUUUGAAGAUCAUCAUCAUCAUGUCGCCGUACCGUAGUGCCGUUCUUGUACGAUCACUUCGCCUAACCUGAAGAGUUGCGAGAGCCCACCACGACGGAGCGACGACGGACACAAAGGGCAACGUAGUGUGUUGUUGUUCUGGAACCAGGAAAGGUGAAUUGAAGGGAUUUUUUUUACACAAAAAGAAAGUGUGUGCAUGUGUUUCUUUGUGUCCGGGUGCGUUUGUGUGAGUGUUUGAAUAAGACACUUAUCGUUUGCGUAUCGAUCGGUGUUGUGUCCGGGCGCGUAAAGUUCUUUGUUUAUCCGCACCAAACAGAAGCGCGUGCCACCCGACACGUAUACCUUCUUUACCCGAUUGGGUUGUUGUGAUCGUGCAGUAAACCCCAUUGGAACGUGUGUGCAACAUUCGUGUAUUGUGUGUUAUCGUCCCCGUCGUGUUUGGGGACGUUCAUAAACGUUCAAAAUAAGCACUCUUCAAGUAUGCAAUCUCAACAAAAUGGAGAAGAUACCCAGGAGCACGGCAUUGCCGUCAACAGUGAUGCUCUUCGAACGCGCACGAAUGAAUUCCAUUUCGAUCUCCCGUCCCGCUUUCCUCACUCACACAUGGCGCCAAUCGGGAUUGGUGUCCAGGGUGCCGUAUGCAGUGCGGUGGAUUUGAAGACGGGUCGCCGAUUAGCAAUAAAGAAGCUCUCGCAACCAUUCCAAGAUGUCACAUUCGCGAAACGAUCCUACCGCGAGCUUAAGCUGAUGCGAUUAGUCGAUCAUCCUAAUAUCAUUAAGUUACUGUACGCAUACACACCCCAGCAGUCGCUAGAAACGUUCCGGGACGUGUACAUCUUCACCGAGCUGAUGGACAACAACCUGCGGAACGUGAUCGGUACCAAGCUCGACCACGAGCGCAUCUCCUUUCUCGUUUACCAGAUGCUGUGCGGCAUCAAGUACCUGCACGCGGCCGGCAUUAUCCACCGCGACCUGAAGCCCUCGAACAUUGUCGUUUGUAAGAACUGUAGCCUUAAAAUACUGGACUUCGGGUUGGCGCGCAGCAUCGAGGCCAGCUUCACGAUGACACAGUACGUCGUAACACGCCAUUACCGGGCACCCGAGAUCAUCCUCAACAUGGAGUACGACACCAAGGUAGACAUCUGGUCAAUCGGUUGCAUCAUGGCGGAGCUGAUAACGGGCCACGUACUAUUUCCCGGCACCGACCACGUCGAUCAGUGGAUGCGUAUCGUACAAACGCUCGGCACACCGAGACCGGAAUUUAUUGCACGCACCACACCCGGCACCCAGCGAUACAUAAGCAAUCAACCACCAGUGGCGGGACGGGCGUUUGAUGAACUUUUCCCGGACGCGGUGUUCGAUACGGUGGUGUCAAACCAUCCACAGCUGACGAAUGAUGCGGCACGGGACUUCCUGCGCCGUAUGCUUGCAUUCGAUCCGAUGGAAAGGAUCUCGGUGGACGAAGCGUUGGAACAUCCGUACAUCCGCGUCUGGUACUACGAGGAAGAUGUUAAUCGACCCCCACCUAAGCCGUACGAUCAUUCGAUCGAUGCACAGGACCUUUCGGUGGCACAGUGGAAGAAGCUCCUGUAUGAGGAAAUUCAAGACAUUCAAAGGACGAUGUCAUUGGACGAGGAAGGAUGACGGAACGUCCAGCAUUUCGGAAGCUGACUUUCCGCGCACGGGACACUAAAGGCCAUUUGUUUCCUUUUUGAGGCUGUUAUUUGUUAGUUAGCGCUUAGAAUUAAGUUUGAGUCUACCGUGUCCACUUAAGUGGCUUAUACUAGAGGGGAUCGAGUGAGUAAGCUCCCCAGGCAUUUACAUACUACACACUUGUUAGUCGACUUAGCGAAUUAUGUUCUCAGUUGAUGAUCGUAAGGAUGGCGGAACGCUACUAAGAACACUAUUUUAUUAAAUAAAUUUUUGAAUAUUUGUUCUUCAA